UAAACCCGUUUGAUGGGACGUUGUCGUCACCGUGUCGGGACUAGAGGCUGGAGGCGUUUGGAGGAGAGUUUAGUUCCGUUGUCAUUCCCAAAAGGAGGAAGAGGGUGUGUUAGACAUUACCUGGCUCGAGUAGUCACCUGUUGGUUUCAUGUCGGUCGUCGAGUUUCAUUGACGUUACGACGUUAAAACACUGGCUUCACUAAAGCGUAAAACAGAAAAGGCGUUUAAGGAUGCCAAAAAGAUCCUGACACGUGGCCCCAACAUGAGCGUCACGUCAUGGUUCCUGGUCAGCAGCUCGGGUACGCGCCACCGGCUGCCCCGGGAAAUGAUCUUUGUUGGCCGAGAAGAAUGUGAGCUGAUGUUGCAGUCUCGCAGCGUGGACAAACAGCAUGCUGUGAUCAACUAUGACCAAAACCGAGACGAGCACAUGGUGAAGGACCUUGGCAGCUUGAAUGGGACGUUUGUGAAUGACUUGAGGAUCCCGGACCAGACUUACAUCACCCUGAAGCUGUCCGACGUUAUUCGCUUCGGUUAUGAUGUCCAUGUGUAUAUCUUGGAGAAGAGUCAACACAAGGUCCCAGAGGAAGCUCUGAAACACGAGAAGUACACCAGCCAGCUGCAGCUCGGCAUAAAAUCUCUGGAAGCCAAGUCGAAGGAAAAACAGCAACUUGAGAGCUCGGAGAAGAACAAAGAUACUGUUUCUAAUGUCAAACUGCAGGACAAGUCUGAGCGUAAGGCCCAGUCACUCACAGCUCUUACAGAUUCUCCAAUAUCUAAGCCCACUCCUCUAUAUGGCCAACCUUCCUGGUGGGGGGAAGAUGAGGAACAAGCCAACACAAAGCAGAACAGAGGAGGAAAAAUGCCAGAAGAUGAGGCUUCAGAGCCUGCUAAAGAUGGCCCAAGACAUGAGGUGAACCGUUCUCAGUCAGACACUCAGGCCAAGGCCAUGUUCUCCUUCCGUCGAGAGCCCAGCUACUUUGAGAUCCCAACAAAGGAAUUCCAGCAGAAAUCUGCAAAAAGCCCAGACACACAGGUUCACGAGGUUCCGACAAAGGAUACCUCAGAUCCCACACAGUUUGUCCCCUCCACACCCACGCCUCCGGUGGUCCAGAGCCACGCCUCUUUCACCAUCGAGUUUGACGAAUGCAGUCCAGGUAAACUGAAGAUCAAAGACCAUGUGACCAAGUUUGCCCUUCGCCAGCAGCGUAAGCAAACUUCCCCCGAGACCCCUCCCACUCCUACAGAGGUGAUGUCAGCAGAGAGCAAAGUAGCUGAUUGGCUGGUCCAAAGCAAUGCAAGCAUGAUGAGGAGAAAGUCAAAGGGUGAAAAUAUGUACAGCACAAACAGUCACUCAUCAGAUCUGAAAAUAAGGGAUGUGAACUGCUACGAGAACGGCUCUCCUGCUGAAUCUGAGCCAGUCAACGCAAAUGAGUCCCUACAAUCCAAAACCCAAUAUGUGUUGCACAGUUCACCUAAAACCUCAAUGACUUCUCCAGGGUCAGAGGAACCUCUGUCUUCCUCUCCACCAGAAUCCCAGUCUCUUUCCCUCCAUGGCAAAGCAGAAGCAAAACAAGCCUUUGUCAUCGAGUUCUUUGACGAUAACUCGAGAAAGAAGCGCUCUCAGUCUUUCACACAUACCGCCGGCCCACCUGAGCCCUCAAAUCCCCGGAUCCAGCAGGAGCAAAAGAGCUCAAGCCCAAAUACAGAGAGAAAUGUCUCAUCUUCGUCCUUCACCACUCCACCAACCCAGCGUUUCACUAUUCCACUGAAAGGGUCUGAUUCUUCAGGGUUUCAAAGAGCUGGUUCUCUACGACGGGAAAAGACAGAUGAAAGGAUCAGCACCAGCUUUUCCUCUCGCUCUUCUUCUUCUGUUUCUGUAAGACCCUUUAGCAGCGUCGGUCGGAGGUCCAAGCUUGCGAAGGAGUUUAAUGCUGAAUUACUCAAGCAGAAAGAAAAAUCUUCUCCUAAAGCAGCGCAAGGAGUUGUUUCACAGUCUAAACAGAGCCAGGCGAGCCCCCCUCCAUCUGAUGGACAUCUCCACCCACAGACGUCCUCCCCUAUUCACACACCUGCUCCCCUAAGAACCUCUGUCACACCUGCUCAAAAUGUGGAAGUCAGAAGCCCCAGAAAUGAGGAGGACGACAGUCUGAGUGAUGCGGGAACUUACACUAUUGAAGCAGAUGUUCAAGAUAAGGAGCUGGAAGAGGCACGCAGCAAGAUUGACCAGGUGUUUGGUGUUGUUGAGAGCCCAGAGCAAAUGAGCCAGGCUGAAGCAGAAGCAUCCUCUGCAUUUAGGCCUGUUACUGAUCAGGGCAGGGAGGAGUAUAGGCAGAGUAGCUGUGGUGAGGGUAUUCCAACUCCAGAGCAGGGACAUAGUCUGGUAAAGGUUCAGCCAGCAGGUGCCAUGGUACAAGGGGCUCCUAAGUGGAUGUCUCGUUGGGCCAGCUUAGCAGACAGCUUCACAGAAUCUGGACCUUCGUCUGGCCUCUUUGACAUGUUGACCCAGAUGGAGUCACCAGGAGGGGCACGGGGUACAGUCAUUCACAAGAACACAGUCAGUCAACAUCAGGACCAUUCGGGUGCCGAUGGUCCAAAGUCUAGACGCAUCCUUCCGCCUGUACCACACGGAGACGAGAGUGACAUUCCGACUCCCAGCAUCCAUGUUCAUUACAACCCCAGCACAACGUUCGAUUUAGAGGAAACUACCUCAACAACCCCAACGCCUGACGACAAUGUUCAUAGGUUAAGUGUACAGGAUGACGUGGAGCCUGACAGCCUGAGUGACGCCAGCAAAUCAGAUGAUGGAUCCAUUGUAGAGCAGAGUAGGAGGCAGCUGUUUGAUGCAGAAGACAAGCAGAAUGAAGACAAACUUAGGGUUCCUUUUAAGUCCACAUCUUUUUAUAUCGGGUCAGAGGAGGAGUCCAGAUCGCAGCAGGGAGGCUUUAAAAUCAGCACUCCUAAGGCUGAGAGGAAGUCUGUUUCUAGAAUCAUCUCAUCAGCCACUCUAACUAAGCAGAAAGGCAUUCAGAACUCUGGCAUGAAGCACAUUGCUUCUGCUCCCACAUUGGACCAGAGGACAGAGAGUCCAGAAGGUAAAGAAGCUGCAGCUCCGUCGUUGAUCAGACAGGAAAGCUUCACCAAAGAGAGGCCCAGUAAUCCCAGACUGCCAAACAUUUCUAGUCUGCCAGUUCAGACAGAGCCAGGUGCCGAGGUAUUCCAGGGGAGCGGCAGUCAGGACACUCAUGCUUACCUCAAACAGACGGAGGAUGUUCUGGCUGUUCUGGAGGCCAAACUCCAAACAGGACCACCAGUGACUACUCCGUCCCCCAUAAUGGACUCUCUGUCAGGAGACUCUGAUGUGGAUACUUCCAGCACUGUCAGCCAGCACAGCAAUAAAAUCAAAACACACACAUUUAUUAAAAAAGCAUCAGCUGGUAACCUUCAUAGAUUAAUCAAGAUUAAUCUCUUGAUUAAUCCUAAUCAAGAGACGAAUAAUCAAACUGAAAAGCAACGCUCUUAUGGUUCAAAUGGUGAAAACAAGCCGGAACACAUCAGGAGGCAUGUUGGACUGAGACGUAGUGUGGGCAAACACGGCUCCACAGACCUGAGUGAUGAUCCUCCCAGCUUACCUUACUCCGAUCAGGAAAGCAGCAACAACCAAACCCACUACAAAUACACGGUGCCUCUUCAGAAGGAGGACGGCAAGUCCUCCAAAGUGUCUCAGGUGUUAAGCCGUGCCAACAGCUUGUCGGCCCCAAGACCCACCAGGGCCUCCAUGCUCCGACGAGCUCGCCUGGGAGAGUCCUCUGACAAUGAAGGUACAGAAACUGAGAGAGUAGCGCAAGAGUCCUCCACAAAGCAACAUCAGGAAGCCAAGAAACUCUCUAGACUGGAUAUGCUGGCCAUGCCUCGUAGGCGUGCGGGUUCAUUCAAUGCACCCAGUGACUCAGAAGCUUCUUCCGCCCCCCAGUGGACAAGCAGGAGCACGAACUUUUCCACCCGCAGCACAGAUCAGAGCAGCAGCUCCAGUCAACGGAUCUCUUCUGCUGGACCAAAACCUACAGAAAGGCCACAGAAGCCAGCGCUCAACAAAACCCCGGUUACUCGCACACGCUCGAGCUCUGCCAAAUAUACCAGCAGCACAGCAAGCUCUAGGAGGCGACACAAGGGCUCUGACUAUACCUCUACCUCAGAUGAAGAGUAUGAAUCAAACUGGAGCAAUCUUAAACACAAACGCUCCCAACCUUCCUCAGCUUCUCAUGGUCCACGCAGUCAGUCUCGACCCCAGCCAGUGAUCGCCCAGCAUCCGAAACCCCGCAGCAGAAACUCCGAGGAUGAGAGCCAUGAAGGAGAAGCUUUCCAUAACUGGACCAAUCACAGUGCUGAGAUUGCUCGGUUGAGUCAAGACUUGGCCAAAGACUUGGCUAUUUUAGCCAGAGAGAUCCAUGAUGUAGCAGGAGAAGGUGAAGCACAAACACCUGAAGCGGAGAGCAAUAAACGGGUUCCUUAUGUCUCAGAGCCUGAGGUAAGCCACCAACAAAGUUCUGCACCAAACAAAGACUCUGACCGGGGAUCAGGCGACCUUGAACAGAGCUCCAGACAAUCUGCUCAAAACAGAAAAGAGGUCAAUGUGGACAGCUUGACGUUGAAUCCUGUGUAUCAAGUCACAGCAGCCAUUAGAGAAAACACAGAGCAACUCGCUGAGAAGAUCAAGGUUCUGUUCCAGGACAGAUUGGAAAUCUCUGAGGACAUUGAGGCUCGAAUUAACUCUGACACUGACAUUACUGUUGGCAGAAUUUCCAACAAGGAAAUGGUGUCUAUUUUGAAAGAACUUAGGAGGGUUCAGGUCCAACUUGAGGUUAUUAACGCAGCCAUGGACCCCGGUGGAACACGUGAAGCUACCACUACACCGCCCGCUACUGAUGCUGCCUCCUCUUCUUCCACUGAAGUUCAGCCGUCCAGAACUUUGUCCUCACGGGACUGGAGGACAGUCCACUCCGUCUCCAAACGCGGCGGCGGGCCGAGGCCCAGCGAGAGCGUCAGGAGGGCUGCUGUGACCCCAGAUGACCUGCGACAGGGAUAUUUAGUCUGAAGUCUGCCAACUACAGAAACACACACUAACCAACUUUUGCUGCAUCUGGUCAGAAGCAGCUGUGUGCAAGUGAAACCCGACUGAGAGGAAGUGAGAGUGGAUUUAUAAAGUUGUGGUGAGCUCACAAUGUUUUGAAGUGUAGUUUUUGGGGAGGAUCCACAUGAGGUGGUGAUUUAAGGAAGUUCCGUGACAUUUCUGUAACUCUCGCCUCAUAUUGUUAUACUUGAUUCUGUGUUGCAGAUUAUUCUCUAUUUACCAAUGAAAUAACUUAAUAUACAUAUGAUUUUAAAAACAUGUAACUAUGUAGUUUAGUUGAGAAUCAGCCUGAGAAUAAUCAUCUCAGGGAAAUCAAUGCAUUUAUGUUUAGCUGCAAAUCAUAUUUUUUGAAUAAAACUUUCAGAUAUUAUUGUA